AUGCCUCAUCUCCAAUGCCGUAUAAAAACAGAACACCCAUCGAAUGAUGGGCACACGAUUGGCACCGCUGGUUAGGUACUAUACACUCACGAAAUUCGGUGAAACCAAACAGCUGUUUGCAAAAUGACGUCUUCAAGCUCCGCAUCCAUUUUCUCAUUCAUGUUGAUGGCAGUAGUUUGCAACAUGAUGGUGACCUCAACUGGGUUACCGACUAAAGUUGACGAUGCCCAAUCUAAGCAGAUUUUUUUUGCACCCCAAUACAAUUACCCAAACUACGUUCUAGCAAAUUUUUACAAUCCUUAUGCCGAAGCGAUUGUAAGUCCAGCAGCGGUGGAUCCCAGCAAAAAUCCGAAUUUUCAUUACGUUUACGCUCCGUCAUCACUAGGUGACUUCGCACUUGAAACGGCGGAUUUCAAUCGAGGCUCAAGAGCAACUAUUAUUAUGUUACCAUCAAAUGCGGAGUGUCUUACGGCUCAAACGGACCAGAACGGUGGUCGCUCUUGCAAAGCAGCUUCGCAAGAAAGGUCUGGUACCAUCGACAUCAGAUUCGUUGUUGCAGACCAAUCAGCUAACGUUGCAGUAACAGCUCCAUCGGCGAAUACCAGAAUUAGAUUGGUUUGUACUGAAAUGGUUGCUGUUGCAGCUUUCACGCAAACCGGUAGGAUCAAUGCACCAUCGGAUACACCUAGAUUCGAAAACGGCUUCCUGAAUCUCGUGGUGGUCAGUACCGCAGCUAACGCCAGAGUGAAGUGUUCGUGGCGUAUAUAAUUGUAUAAUAGCCUACCUAUAUACAUGCUGAUUAAAUUUUGCUGCGCCAAAUAAUGAGCCGUUUAACAUGGUUCUACAGCUCAAUGAUUGGCUCAAAGUUGCUAUUGUGAAUCAAAUGUAGGCUAUAAACUAUAUAUUUCAGCAGUGACUAUUUCUGGUAUAGAUAUGCCGGUAUUUAUUCCUUUUCCAAGUAAAGCUCUGACUAGAAAAUAUAACAAAACAUGAAUACACAAACAUACAUUUAA